GCAGCUCGGACGUCUGUCCACCGUCUAGCCGUUUACGUGCCGUGGAAUUUUCGCCUCGAAAAUACAAAAUGAAAAAAGUAGAAUCGCCCUUGGAUGUGCUGUCACGCGCGGCGACAAUGGUGCAACCAUGUCCAGCUUACCCCGCUAGUGAUUCGGAUGGUUUUGAAACCCCGAGUACGGCCUCUAGCGGCGAAUCGGAGGGUGACCGUACGCUGUCACCUGAGGCGCCGCGUGCGCAGACCAAGGAGCUCACCGGCAAGUGGAGGCGGGAACGGCGGUCCGUGCGCCAGCCAGAAUACAGACCAAAGGAGAACGGCAAAAUGGCACUACGGUCACAAUCAUUCAACGAGCGGCGUAGCGUACCAGCAUCAAUUGCGCGCGCGCAGCGUCAUAGCGACGGUGAACUAUCUGAUGAAAUAGAUGAUGCGCCUGCAAAUCUAGCACUCAAUGGUAAAGCUCCACCAGAAUACCCUGGAAUGAAGCACGAAGCUCCUAUUGAUAUGCGAUUGCGGUCGAGACCAGCACCCCCUCCUUAUAAUAGACCUUCAGUUAUAAAAAGCAACGAUUCUCCUCCCGGUUCAAUGUCUAUGUGUGAUCCUGUCAUCGACGAGCACUUUCGACGCUCCCUCGGCGACGACUAUAUGAAUCUAUUCAAAAAGAACUCGCCCCCGGAAAACUCCCAACCCGGUCCCAAACCCAACACUAAGGACCGAGCCAGUAGCCCGAUACAGUUCAAAAACGAUGAAGACCCAAAACCGGCAAAGAUUAUCGCAAUGGAAGUUGACGACGCCAGCCUAUCAGUAGACGAUCACUUCGCGAAGGCCCUCGGAGACACGUGGCGUCAGAUCCAAACGUCGAGAUUAAAAGACAACGAGAAGCAAACGUCCAAAGGCGGAGUAGACGACCACUUCAGCAAAGCGUUGGGUGACACGUGGAAAAAAAUACAAUCCUCAAAACUAAAUAUCGAUGACGAUAAAAAAGAUCAGACCACGAAAAUCAUCACAAGGAGUGGCGUUGUUAUAUAAUGACGUCAUUAAUCACUCGGCGGUUCGGUUUACGGCUCCGUAAAAUUUACGGCUUUACGAUUCUAACUGGAGUAUCAAUAAAUUACCACUUGUUUAACCUAAAGGUCGCCUUUAUUGUGGCAAGAAUUUAUCGUUUUUUUUUUUUUCAAUUGAUAUCCAUGACAAUUCUGUUAGGCUUUGGGUAUACGAGAUCGUUUCUUUGAUAUAGUCAAUUAUUAGUCACCAUUACACGCUAAGUUAUUACCUCAAUUUAUGCGCUUUGCACAAUUCACUAUUUAGGCUAAGUUAAAACGUCUUGUAAAUAUAUUUUUUUAAUAAUAAAGUGAAUUCGAAUAGUUGUUGUAUUCGGUAGAAUAUUUGUAUUAAUGUAAGUAUUUCGCUAAUUUCUCAUCUCGUAAUGUUCCUUUACAUAUAAUGUUCAUAAGAUUUUUGUACUAAUUAGAAACGUUUUUCAAAAAUAUGAAAAAAAACUGUUGUACAUAUAAGUUUAAAAAAAAAAUUGGGUCUAUUUUGCUCGUAACAUUUUAGUUUAUAAAAUAUUUAGAGUAUAAUAACUCAGACUGUAAUUAAAUAUGUAACCUCUUUUCACAAAAUAAUUUACAUAUUUUUUGUUGCCCGUUAUUAAUUUACAUUGUAAUGUAAUAAAUUCAUAUUGAAUAACUCAUACAUUAUAACCAUCAUCCACUUAUUGUAUCUAAUAUUAAUAAUUACUGUAUAAUAUUAAAUUAUUCCCGUAAGUUAAAGUGUACACUCGUAAAAUUAAAUAAAUAAUACUACCUCGAUAUAAAAAUGGUAUCGACUAAAACAAAAUAAUAAUUAUUGUAAACUGUAUGUAUUGUAAUAAAAUUGUAAUGUUUAUAUUUUGAUAAAACAUUUUUUAUGGCUCAAUGUUAUUCGACAAAGAUACAUGAUUUUGCUACAUCAUCGUUCAGGACUAUAAAUACGGCGGCAGCUGGCUGUUGCCAUUAUUUAUAAUUAAAUAAUUAAAAUUAAUUGUAUUUGUAAAUAACGUUUUCCUAUUUAUGCACAUAGUUAAGGAUGAAAUGUCGUCAAAGAAUAAAUACACAGAUAAAAAA